UUUUUCCGUUGACGUCAUUAAUAAAGAAAGGCGUACAAUUUUUAAUUAAGAUUAACUAUUUGAACUUGGUUUUAAGGUGAAUUUGACAACCGCUACCAAAUUAUACAUGACUUAAUUGGUUGAUUGCACACAGCGUAUAUAUAUUAUGAGUCACAGUACAGUCAAAUAGCAGACUUUGUAAACUAAAACGCUGUCACAACUGUCACACGUAAAGUCCAUUCUCAUAGCCGCUAAUUUGCCAUUGUUCCAGCGUGAGACCUAAAAUAUAUUACUACAAAAACGACCUUAUGACAUAAGAGUUAUGGUUGUUUUUCAUAUUACCAAAGAUCACACAUACUGAUUUUUAUAACGGGAUAAUGUCGUGUUAUAAUCAAGUGUCAAGUGUCGUCUUUCAGGAAAACAAAUCCACACGAAAUAAGUAUUUUAGAAGCCUAUUUUUAGUUUAGAGAGUUUAUUAUAUUUCAUAUCGUUUUAUUUUAAUAUUUGCGUUAUAAUAAGUCACAAUGGGAAGAAAAUCACAUUCAAAGCAAUCUGCUAAGAAAAGCUCUGGAAAAGAAAAUAAUAAAUUAAGUCAAAAUAUUCGUAAAGAGCUUGCGGUGUACGUGGAUAAAUUGCUUAAAUUAACUAGCGUGUUCCAAACUACGGUUAAUUUAACGAAAAGUUGGGAGCAUCACAACGACAUUGAGGUGAUUCUGGGAGAAAUUAGGAAUAUUGAGUAUCCAAUUAAUAGCCACAAGGUAUCGAAGUCACGACAGUCACGCAAAGACAACUUCUUUAGCUGGCUGAGCGAAAAUGGAGCGGCAUUUGAAGGCAUUGACAUCCAAGAGUUUGAAGGAUAUGAUCUUGGCCUGGUAGCAAAGAAGGAGUUCAAAGAGGGCUCGCUGGUGCUGACUGUGCCUCGGAAGCUGAUGAUGACCGAACAGGAUGCCCGAGACUCCGCUCUGUCUGAGUUCAUAGCUGUAGACCCAUUGCUUCAAAACAUGCCAAAUAUUACGUUAGCAUUGUUUUUGUUGCUUGAGAAGAAUAAUCCAGAAUCUUUCUGGAAACCUUAUAUUGAUGUGUUGCCUGAGAAGUAUUCUACAGUUCUAUACUUUAGCCCUGAAGAACUAUUGGAAUUGAAGCCAUCUCCAGUCUUCGAGUCAUCACUGAAAUUAUAUAGAAGCAUUGCCAGACAGUAUGCCUACUUCUAUAACAAGAUUUAUUCAUUAGACUUGCCAGUCUUAAAAAGCCUUCAAGAAAUAUUUACGUAUGAGAACUACAGAUGGGCGGUAUCUACGGUAAUGACUCGUCAGAACAACUUAGAGCAGUCGAGCACAGACACGACCGCCUUCAUUCCUCUAUGGGAUAUGUGCAACCACGAGCAUGGCAAGAUAACAACCGAUUUCAACAAGGAGCUCAACCGAGGCGAAUGCUAUGCGUUGCGGGACUUCAAGCCUGGAGAACAAAUCUUCAUCUUCUACGGAGCUAGGCCUAACGCUGACCUCUUUCUACAUAACGGUUUCGUGUAUCCAGACAACCAGCACGACAGCCUCUCCCUUGCCCUCGGUGUUAGUUCAAGCGACCCUCACCGGGACACGAGAGUAGCCCUGCUGAGCAGAUUGGGGCUUGCAGGCGUCACCCACUAUAGCUUGUACCGGGGAGACAGCCCUAUCAGCGCCGAACUACUGGCUUUCAUUAGGAUAUUCAAUAUGAAUCAAGACGAGCUGACAAAAUGGUCGAACCACGGCCUCCCCGGCGACCUAGUCUCGACGGAAGCCAGCAGCGCAGCGGCGCUGGGCGCGGAGCUCGGCCGGCGCGCCUGCACCUACCUCCUCACCCGCUGCGGACUCAUCAAGGCCAUGUACAAGCACAAAGACACCACCGAUAAUACUCACACCAAAAACAUCAAACUGCUGAAACAAUGCGAAGUACAAAUCCUAGAAGGUGCCAUAAAGUACUUGGAAACCGAACUACAGAAGCUCCCCGCCGCCAACAACUGAGACCGGUACAUAUCGACGAUGUUUUUAAGGUACCUCACGUGCAAUCCCUAUUUUUAAAUGUUUAUUUUUGAUGAGACAAGUAAACGGUAAAGACUGUUAAUCUUUCCGCUGUUUGAACGGUUCUCUUGGAUCCAUAUUAAAGUCUGCCACCGUAAAAUGUGCCAACUCUCCACUGGGUAUUUGUGGUACAACAGUUUUUAUACAUUAAUGGCGUUAUUCAUAAACGCGUUACUGGCCUGAAUUAGCUAUGAAUCGUUUGUCUUUAUCUGUCAUUUUAACUUAUGUAUUUGUGAGAAAGGGAUAAAACAUAAUUUAACUAAAUCAGUCCCGUAAAAUUUUAUGAAGAAGGGGGUAAUACUAUCACACAACCUCAUUUAAGUGUUACAAGUGUUUAAAUUGGCAUAAGUUAUAUCAAUAUACGAUAUUAUAAUAAUUUUAUAAAAAUCAUUUUAAUGUCGAAUUUUGGGCAAAUCCUGGAGCUAAGUAGGUAGGUAUUUUACAGAACACUCUGUCAGUAUGGUGGCGUGUCCGUAUGGACCUACUCAAUCACUUGAUAUGUUUAAAUGAACCAUAUUGCUUAGGUUAUAAGUAUAAGAAUGACUAGAAUUACAAAAAUCAAGACGCCAUCUACAACAAUGAUGAGACACACGACUCUAUGGAGAAUUGGAGAUUAAUUGUCUGUAUUAUUUAUUUGUCUCUUUUUUUGUGUACGAUAAAAGGUAUUUUAAAAACAUUGCUGAUAUAAAUAGUAAAAUAUAACGAUGGACCCUACAUGAUCCUUUACGCAAUUUUAUGAUAAGUAUGAAUCAUCAUCGGUAGGAGGCAAUUGCGCUUUUACCCCCUUAUUCAUAAACGUGUACUAAAGUUACGAUGCCGCUGAUCAUCGGUUGUCCCUUUCCAUCAUACCAAUACGUCGGAAAGGGACAAACGAUGAUCAGCGGCAUCGUAACUUUAGUACACGUUUAUGAAUAAGGGGGUUAGUAUUUUGAAAGCAGGUCUCGUUUUCUCAUCUCAUCUAGUUUAUACAAUAGCCGAACAGUUCCAUCGUAUAAGGAAGGCCAUUUUAUGCGGUAUACCUUCUGUAAUUCACUUUAAUAUAGCUUCAGUCUGGAUAAUAUAACCCAUAAUAUCACGAGGAACCCGAAAGAUUUUAACCACGAAUUUCUGAGGCCGAUAGAAGGAAAAAAUGUUACUUA